CUUUCCUGUCUUCACCACCGCGGUCUGCUGCUGUGGAGGAAGCGGAGAGUAACCGCUCAGUUUGUGUUUACACAUAGCCAGGCGUAGUUACUGGAGUCAGCGGAUUCAGAGGAACUGUGUUUAGUUAUUCGCUGCUUUUCCUGUGUAGUGAGUCAGAAACUGAGCGGUGUGGGCUGUUAGAAGUGGGCUAUUCCUCGUAGCUCGGUAAGAAUGAGGAAACCCGAGCAAAUCUGCAGCCCUGACUUUAACUAGCCCUGAAAAAACUGCAGCACACUCUCGCUGUCCUGACGCUCUCAGACUGCUCUCUGGACCUUCAGGGCUUCAUUUGACAGUCUGACCGGCUGAGGAGACUCACAGAUGGCGGAUACUGUAUUACACAGUGAUGGGUCAACGAACCACACAGGGGACCCUAACCCUAAGACUACAGACCCUAACCCAGAGUACAUCGCCUUUGUGUUGGUUCCUGUCUUCUUCCUGCUGGGACUGCUGGGUGUUCUCAUCUGCCAUGUGCUGAAGAGGAAGGGCUACCGCUGCACCACCGACUCAGGGGAGGAGGAUGAGCUGGAGGGAGAGGAGGAGGAGGAGAAACAGCUGGAUGCCGGAGACAUGAAUGACUACAGUGAGGGCAACACUGACACUGUGGGCCAGAUCGUUCACUACAUCAUGAAAAAUGAAGCUAACACAGAUGCCCUGAAGGCCAUGGUGACUGAUACCAGUAUAGACUCUGAUGGGGCGGUGACCCCAACUUCCCCCACCAUGCCCACAACCCCGGUGUCGCCUGGGGCUCCUCCCUCAGCGGCCAAACACACCUGCAACCACCUGCACACCAUCGGAGGGCUCGGGGGACAGAAGAACAUCUGCAACCGCUGCAACCACAAGAAAUGGCCCCUGAUGCGACGCGGCUCCAAUAAGAAGGUGGAGCGGCGCAGCCACAUCGGAGAGGUCACCGUGCUGUCAGUCGGCAGGUUCCGGGUGACAAAGAGUGACCCCAGGCAGCAACCUGUCAGACGUACUCUCCUGAUCACUGAGCCCAACGGGAGUGUGCCCUCAUCUCCUGCGAAGAACGAGGCAUCUCCUGUGAGCAGCAGCACACCUGCAGAGCCGCCAGAGGUGAGCUUCACAGAGGACACACAGAGGGCAGAGAAGGAUGACAAAAAGUGAUGUUACUGGCAGAGUGACAUCCGCUUUACGUACAGACAACUGCGAAUUUUAAACCUGUUUUAAACCCAAUAUCACACUGCCGUCACAGCCGAGAGGGACGGAGUCGUCUACUGCGGAUCGCUCUAGGCAUGAGGAAUGCGAGACGAAGGUAAAAGACGGAGAGAAGCAUAAAGAAAGAAAGACAGAAGUAAGGAAGGAAGAGAAGAGGCCUUUUGGUUUGAGUUGCAGUAUUGGACUCCUGACACUGGGGUGCGUGGAUGUGGAAACGGAUGAGGAAUGCACACACUUAAUUAUACUUUUAUGUCAUCAUCAUCUCAUGUCAACCAUCCCAAAUUGCACAUACAUACACAUACACACACGUCAUUAUUAACCACGGACAGAGUCAUUUUGGGCUUGUUAAUGACCACAGCUGUUUUAAUGGAUAAUUUGUGGUCAAACAAACUGUAAAAAUGGCUGCACGCACAGCGAAAAGGUUAAACCCAGGACGCUGAAACUUUUUUUUUCUUCAGUUUACUGUUACGAACAAAGGAGAACUGCAAAAUAAAUAUAAAAAACUCGGAACUGGACAUGAUCUUAACCAAACACAUGCCAGGGUGCAUCACACACAUACAUCUCAAGUCAAAGCUGUGUAUUGUUUGUUUGAUAUUUUUUGUUCCAUUUUCAUUUUGAUUGUUUUCUGUUUUGUACGACACGUUUUUGUUCCACCAAACUCUUUCUGCCUUAAAACAAACUAUUUUAAAUUAGUCCUAGGUUUUUCGUCUAAAGUAAGUCUAUCUAUUACUCUCUAUGUGGCAACAAAUAAUAAGUAACAAUACUGUAAAAGUCCAGCAAUGUAGUAGGCAACCUGGUAUCACAACACCAAGAUUAGCACUUCGUAUUUUUCUAUACCUAUUUUUAAUCUCCUCUGGAAAGCCAUAUGUAAGCGUGUAUUAUAGGAAAUAAAUAUAUAAAAAUGUAUACUAUUAAAACUUUAUUUUUUUGUCCACAUGGAGAAAAGAGUGGGUGACUUUGCAAAAAUAAAAAAUAAAUAAAUAAAGUGGUGUAGAUAUUUUUUGCGUAUAAUUGUUGACAUCAAUAAGCACAAAGUGGCCUAUGUAUUUGCCUUCAGUAUCACCUUUAAAAAAACAACAAAAAAAAAACGUGACAUCCAUUGACCAUCCAUUGUUGCCUCUACUCUGUUACCCACACACAGCUGUACAACUUGCAUGGCUUAUAAACACAAUCCUGGUAUUAUGUCAGGAUCAAGAUCCCUCACAUGGUAAUAAAUGAAGUAUAUCAUAAGCUAUUUUAAAAAAAAGCACUAAAAAAAUACAAUGACAAAAUGUAUAUGAUAUGUACCAAAUACAAUAUAUGCAUUUAUCUGCCCACGUAUAACAGUAGGCCUGCUGCUGUUCUGUAGUGUUUUAAAAUUGCUAAUAAAAAUAAUAAUAAUACGGGAAAUGACAAAGUGGCCUUGAUGUGCUGCUGGUGCUGGCGAGGAGAAGAAUUUGUGGGAAUUUGAGUCCUUAUUAUUUUGCCAAAAAUAUAAAAUUUGCCAAAACAUUUACUACAGUAUGUGUUGUGUAAUAUAUAGGAAAUUAAGAUGAGCUUUUUUAACGUACUUCAGUUGUUCAAAUGUUGCCCUAAAGACAAAAUGAAAUUUAUUUUUUUUAUGUUUGCCAUGUAAUUUAAACCAGUUCUGUUGUCCUAUUUUUUGACCAUUGUUCUUUAUGUUUGUGGCCUAUUAUUAGUAAUGUGUAAUAAUCUGAUAUAAAACUAUUCUAGGAAACAGAUGAACCAGGACUAAAAAUGCUGGUGUAAAAGCUGGUGUUCCGUACAGAAAGGCUACACGGGUCUAUUUUUAGCAUAAAAACUGUUCUCAGUGAGAACAGUGGGAACUUGUUGGUCAUGCUUCUUUAGUCAUGUUAGCACUUUUUGGGGUAAAGUGUUCACUUAAGAAACUCACAGACUCUCUUAAAUUCAGUCUGUGGUCUCUGGAUCCGAUGGAAACAAGGAAUGUAUUGGAUUUAUGGAACAUUAAUUAAAUGGUUUUACAUUGUUUAAAACAAAUAGGCUGUGUAACGGAACAACAUAUGAACAAAUGUUUUAAUGAUUAUUUUUUUUUUGUACCCGCAAUUUAUACAUUAAAAAGAUUAAAAGCUAA